CUCAAAUUAAUAAAUACCCAAAUCAAACCCUCUCUUCCUUCCGACCAAAAUAACAUAGUAAACUUACUUCUCCUCAAUUAAAAUCCAUCCUUGUUUUCUCUGCAAUCUUCAGCCAAAAAUCAAUGGCAGAAGAUAAUCAGAUCAUUCCAUUAGCACCCACGAAAUUUAAACCAAGAAGCGAUGAAGAAUUCGCCGAAUUAAAACCCAUUAAACCUCGCCAAGAAAAAAGCAGUAAAUGCCUCGUUUAUUUUCUUAUUUUACUUCUCAUCCUCAGCGCAGCCUCUCUUGUUCUUGCAGAAAUUUUCUUCCGUCCGAGAACUCCUGAACUCGGGUUAAACUCGGUUUCAGUGAAAAAUCUCGUCUAUGCUAAUAAGAAUCAAUCGUCCUCUCCGUUUAAUAUGACACUGGAGGCCGAGUUCACGAUCGACAAUUCAAAUUUUGGGCAGUUCGAGUUCGAGAAUGCUACUGUAAGUGUGUUUUACAGAAGUAAGACGGUGGGCAAGGAGAUAGUAGACGAGGGGCGAGUCGGAGCUAGUGGAACAGAGAAGAUAAAGGUUAAGGUGAAGAUUAGAGUAUCGGAUACUGGCAACUUAAGCAAUGAUGGGAUUUUGAAGCUAAGCAGCCAUGCAGAGUUCAGUGGAAGAGUUCAGCUGUUGAAGAUUGCCAAGAAGAAGAGAACUGCUGCUGUAGAUUGCAGUAUGAACGUUAAUUUGAAAAGUCCUGCUUUUGAGGUUCAGGAUUUGGCAUGCACCUAAAUCUAAAAGAUCUGUACGUACGAAUACGUCAGAACAGUCCUCCAUAUCAGGCGGUAAUUUAAUUCUCCCAGCACGCAUGCUGAUAGGACUUUGAAGUGACUUGAUCAGUUUUCUGUCAUGUCAAAUGACCGGACUGGAUUAUUUUCUUCUGGAGCCUGCACUCACAAUUGAUCCGACCUGUAUCAGCUAUUCGAAUUAAGACUUGAGAUAUUGGGUUGAUCUAUUUGAAAAUGGUUUCAUUUUCAAAAUUUUGGAUCUGUAUUUUUUUUUAAGACCUAACCUCACCCCAGCCCAGGUAUAAGUAUAGAAAGGCGGACAUUCAUUGCCAUCAAAAGUAACUCUUGAAGCAAAUCAAGCUUAAUUUUGCUGUGAAAUGCAUUUU